AUGGCAAGGAGAAUACGAGACGAAGACAUUAGAAGAAUCUUAGAAGAUUCCGAUGGAGAAGAGGAAAUCAUAGAAUUAUUGGAUCAGGAAGAAGACCUACAAGAUGAAGAAUACCAAGACGAUGAUGAUGAAGAUGGAGAAGCAUAUUUAGAAGUUGGCCCAGUGAUUGAGGAAACAGUUGAAAAUAUCGCUAGAGAAGUACAAAUUGGAGAUGUUUCAGGUCAGCCUUCCAAUGAAAGAGUUCUAGAUAACCCUAUUCGUCUUCCUACACCUGAUGUUCCAUCGCGUGCUCCGGUAUCGAGAAGAAGAAGACGAUCAACUGCUCCUGUAGAUAUAGCUGCUGAGUGGAGUUUCGAAGUAAAGGAGUUGUCACGCAAACAGUUUACAGGUCAUGAGGAACCUCCCCGUCAACAGGUAUUAUUUGAUUCUGACUCUGAUAUUUAUACCAUCUUCCGUAAAAUUAUAGAUGAUGACGUAAUAAAUCUAAUGGUGCAACAAACCAAUUUGUAUGCUCAGCGUUUGUUACAAGAGCCUGGAAAACCACACAGCCGCAAAUUUCGUUGGUCUGAUGUUGAUGAACCCGAAAUGUUGAAGUUUCUUGGCGUCAUAUUUCUUACAGGCAUAAUAGUGUUCCCGACACUUGAAUGUUAUUGGAAGAAAGACGAUAUUUAUUAUCACCCUUUACUCCACAAGAUCAAUAUGUCAUACAACAGAUUUCGGCUGAUCCUAAGAUGUUGGCAUUUUUGUGAUAAUAAUGCGCCCAGAGAAGAAAACGAUCGACUCUAUAAAAUCAGUCCAUUGAUAGACCUUAUCAUAGGAAAUUCAAGGACUAUUUACACACCUGGCCAGAUUAUUGUUGUUGACGAGUCGAUGGUGCAUUUCCGCGGAAGACUUCUUUUUUGUCAAUACAUACCAUCGAAGACACAUAAAUACGGCAUCAAAAUCUAUAAGCUUUGCUCUGCAGAAGGAUAUACCUGGGGCUACCAAAUUUACAGUGGUCAAAGUGUGCAAGUUUUUGGACUGGAUACUUCUGGAAGUAUCGUCGUAACAUUGGCAGAAGGCCUACUUGAUGAAGGUCGCUGUAUGAUAACCGACAAUUACUACACGAGCGUCCCUUUGGCAGAGUUUUUGCUUUCCCGCAAUACAGAUCUUUGCGGCACAGUCAACAGAAAAAGAAGAGGUUUACCAAAAGACGUAAUGGACGCUAAACUGGCGACUGGUGAAAUUGCGGUGAAACAAAAAAAUGAAAACGUGACAGUACUAAAAUGGAAGGACAAAAGAGAUGUUUGCGCACUGUCGACUUGCCACGGUAAAGAAAUGUCUCCUACAUCUGGACGAACCCCAAAACUAAAGCCCAAUAUGAUCCUAAGUUAUAACAAAGGAAAAAAAGGUAUAGACGUGGCUGAUCAGAUGGCAAGCUACAACUCACCUAUAAGGAAAACUAUAAUAUGGUAUAAAAAAGUUGCAAUAGAUUUGCUGGCGAUAGCUGUAGUCAACUCUACCAUAAUUUAUAACGAGAUGCAUCCGGGCAGUAGAGAAAAGCUGACUAUUCUAGCAGCUCAUGAAGCUAUUGUAAAAAUGCUGUUACAACCUGAUCUUCUUCACCAAGAAACACGGUCUAGAACCCCGCAGUCACAAGCUGGAUCCUCAAGGUCAUCAGAACUACCAGGGCCAUCGAGAUUAGCUGUGCGAGACACCAUUAAUGAAGAGUUUUCGCCCAGGAGGCUCAACUUUAUAGAGGAAGAGGCUUCGUCUUCAAUUGCGAAUGCUGACGCUGCAGCUGAGGAGUUAUUCGUCGUUUCGCACGCAAAAGAUUCGCACGAUUGGGAAGAGUACGAUGAUGACGAACUCCGUCGCAUUUUAGAAGCGUAUGAAGAAGUGAAUAUAGUAGAGGAAAAUGUGACUGAAGAUGUUGAAAUGAUCCAAACAGAUCAGAGUGUGCCAGAUGAAUUAAUUUGA